ACUGUUCACGGUACGUCCGCGUUUGUUGUCACGUUUGGGGUAAGUCCAGAUGUUUAUGCGUUUCUGGUGGGCUGAGCUCACCGACCGACCACAGAGUGGUCGACGUCUUUUAGGUGUGUUGGUGUGUUUGAAACUGGAAUAUUCAUAAUAAUAUCAUUUUAAAGAGUACGCCCGCCUUAUCUGUUGUGGACACUCAACACAGUUGAUUUAUCUGAUUAUUGUAAGUAAUCAUGCAUUAAAAAAAAAUCUAACCGAUUAUAAUAAAUAAUCAUUACAAUGUUUCGGUUAUUUACCAUUCUUGUAAAUAAUCGUACCUUUAAAAAAAAAUUAUAUCCGAUUAUAGUAACCAACAUAUUAAUGUUGAUUCUGUCCGAUUCUUAUAUAUGAUCAGACAAUACAGUCUACAGUUCUGAUAUUUUAUUCUAAUUGAAUACACGCUAGAUUAUAUCCGAUUACUUCAGCAAAUAUCUCACUUAAUCAGAAACGAAUUUAAUUAAAUCAAGCAACGUUUAGUUCUAUAGGAUUAUUUUGUUUAAACAAACAACUCUUGUUUUAUAGGAUUAUUUCAUUUAAUCAAACAACUUUUGGUUUAUAGGAUUAUUUUGUUUAAUCAAACAACUCUUGUUUUAUAGGAUUAUUUCAUUUAAUCAAAAAACUUUUGGUAGCAUCCAAUUAUAGAGGGAUAACAAUACUAUUUCAUACAUUUUAUAUAAUUCAGGGUGCCACCUUAUCUUAUGAGGUGACAUUAUUUAUCCGAAGAUGAAGUUAUAAUGAAGUUGUAACAGCAAUUUUUUUUUGUAAGCAGCAAACCUCUUUGAGCAACAACUUCAGUGGAAGCUGACACUAAAACUCAAUUUAAAUGGUCAUAUCUCUUUAUAGGCCUAUAUUUGAUAUUGCUAAUACGAUGGUGUUCAACCCCCGGUCCGUGGUCUCACGGGCCGGAGUCAGGCCGUUGAAUUUGUUUGCAAGUCUGCGAAAACGUAAUCACCACCCCAUAGAUGGCACGCCGCAAUAAUUUAGUUCAAUGAAUUUUGUAUCGUAAUUAAUUGAACGCUACCUUUUCAAAAUAGAACGAAUUUUUUAACGUCUAUGUGACUGGUUCAUUGAAAUAAGUACAGUGGAACCUCUCAUAACGAGCACCUCUCUUAACGAGUAAUUCUUAUAACGAGCAAACAAAAAAAAAUGUGAAGAAGUUGCUCCCUUAACGAGCGAUAUUUUGCAUAAUGAGUGACGCAGAAAGGGGAAGUCCCUUUUUCAUGACCUUCAUUUGUGAGCCGGGACUUCAGGCCUUUUAUUGUUUUCGUGUGUGAUCACCAGUUUUUACAAAUUUUGUAUUCAGAAACUAUUCGUAAUUUUUUAUGUGCAAAGUGUAAUAACCUCUGCUAAAAUGUCUUCGAAGAAAAAAACACAAGAAGACAAUCAUAAGAGAGAAAAAAUAACUGUUGAAAUGAAACGUAAAAUCAUUGAAAAGCGAGAACAAGGUGUGAGCGUGGCUGAUCUAGCGCGCACAUUAAAUUAAACAAACUCUAAAAACAAAGCUUUUCGUAUAAAUCCUUUAUAAAAUGUAAGAUUGAGCUAUUGGUUGGUGGGAAACAUGCCUUUAAGUAACGCACUUUAUAAAAUGUAAGAUUGAGCUAUUGGUUGGUGGGAAACAUGCCUUUAAGUAACGCACUUUAUAAAAUGUAAGAUUGAGCUAUUGGUUGGUGGGAAACAUGCCUUUAAGUAACGCACUUUAUAAAAUGUAAGAUUGAGCUAUUGGUUGGUGGGAAACAUGCCUUUAAGUAACGCACUUUAUAAAAUGUAAGAUUGAGCUAUUGGUUGGUGGGAAACAUGCCUUUAAGUAACGCACUUUAUAAAAUGUAAGAUUGAGCUAUUGGUUGGUGGGAAACAUGCCUUUAAGUAACGCACUUUAUAAAAUGUAAGAUUGAGCUAUUGGUUGGUGGGAAACAUGCCUUUAAGUAACGCACUUUAUAAAAUGUAAGAUUGAGCUAUUGGUUGAUGGAGAACAUGCCUUUAAGUAACCCACUUUAUAAAAUGUAAGAUUGAGCUAUUGGUUGAUGGAGAACAUGCCUUUAAGUAACCCACUUUAUAAAAUGCAAGAUUGAGCUAUUGGUUGAUGGAGAACAUGCCUUUAAGUGACCCACUUUAUAAAAUGUAAGAUUGAGCUAUUGGUUGAUGGAGAACAUGCCUUUAAGUAACACGCUUUAUAAAAUGUAAGAUUGAGCUAUUGGUUGGUGGAGAACAUGCCUUUAAGUAACGCACUUUAUAAAAUGUAAGAUUGAGCUAUUGGUUGAUGGAGAACAUGCCUUUAAGUAACCCACUUUAUAAAAUGUAAGAUUGAGCUAUUGGUUUGUGGAAAAAUGCCAUUAAACGCACUUUAUAAAAUGUAAGAUUGAGCUAUUGGUUGGUGGAAAAAUGCCAUUAAACGCACUUUAUAAAAUGUAAGAUUGAGCUAUUGGUUGGUGGAAAACAUGCCUUUAAACGCACUUUAUAAGAAUCCCAAUUAUUUCUCUCACCCCUCCCCACUCAUCCCCUCAAGGUACGCAACCACACAUUUUUCCACGCCCCUGAACUAUAUCAAUAUUCUAAUGACCCACUCGCUUUAACUUUUUCGGGGUUUGGGAGGUGUCGGCUGAAAAUUUGACAGAAGGUGGGUCAAUUAGUCGUCCGAAGAUUUCGCCACCCAGCCAGAAUGGACACACGAACAAAAGCGCAGUUAAUUCAAAGGAUUUAAAUAUAUAAGAUUUAAAAAAAAACAAUAGUCACAAUUCUUUAAUAAAUGAUGGUUUCUAUUUCUAAUUAAAUAUAUACUCCAAUUGUUAUAGGUCCACGGAUGCCAAAAAAAAAAAGGUGACAACCCACGGUUUAAAUGAUUGGGACCUCUCCUGACACUUUGAGAACCUCCGAAAUGGAUAGCUGAUGGCGACUGUUUAUCCUGAGUUCUACCAGUUCCGUCAAUGAUGCGUGUAAGUAAAACCAGUGAUGUCACAACUACACGACUUUUUUUUAACAAAAUGUUUUCAAGCCUAUUUUUCUUUUCAUCGGGGACAAUUUUACUGGUUUGCCUAAAAAUGGUUAGCCUUCGUUCACGUGUUAGAGCUGAAUUUACGUGUAUACAAUUAAAAUUAAUUAUUAAAGCAUUUAUUUAAUAGACUAUUUAGUAAAAACUACAACAGCAAAAUUGGUGUAAACAAAUAAUUAUGGUUGAAAAGUUAACCGAGGAAAAAAAAGUUUGGGAAAACCUGAAAAAAAAAAAAGGACGCAACUAAUGAAAGAACGUGUUGGCAGGAAGCCUUCUUCGGUACCUGGAUGAAAAAAACAAAACAAACAAACAGGUGCUCUACGUCCAUCAAUGGCUAUUUAUUUCUUCUACUUCUUGUAUUUUUAUUUUUUGUUUAAGUCUUGGACUUUUACAAUUAUUGUUCAAAGACCCUGAACUAAAACAUUGCCUUUGUAUAUACAUAAGAGUGAAUUCUAAAGAAUGGAGUGUGUCAAAGCUUGAAAUGAGACAAGGCAAAAAUAUGAAGACCAAACGGUAGAAAUUACAGUUAAACAUUUCUGCCAAUGUUAUUUUGUUGUUACUGUUUUGGGCCACAUAUUCCGUAGCCGGUGGCGUUUAACUUGGAUAAUCACUUGAACGAAUCUAAGGGUUUUUUUGUGUGUUUUUUUUUCCACCUCGAUCUCUAUUGUGUGACCGGAGUCAAAUGGUGCGGGGGUGUGGGGUUGGGAGGGGGUAGGGGAGUGGAGCGUCGCUUCCCGUAGAAGCGAUCAGAACAAAGUGAUCAUGGGGAAACAACUGAUAAAGCUUUAAGACGCGAAGUGAGAGGGGGGACAAUGAGGUGGGGGUGGGUUUAAAGCCAGUGACACGAGUGGGUUUGUCGAUAAUUGAUCACCGAGAUAAAAAAAAAAUUGCAUAUAAAAAAAUAUUAAAAUCUCCGGGGGUGGCGUAUGAAAGGGAAGGGGAAAGGGGGGGGGGGUAUAAAAAACUCAUUGCUGCUUUUGAGGACUUCAGAGUGGCUAUUUCAAGCUAAGGUUGAAUCGUAUACUGGGUUAUGACGUUAUAUUUAGCAAACGCAUUUGGGAUUUUGACCAUGUCGCAGAGAACUUGGAGACACAUCCGUCUAAUGGAGCACUGGACAUUCAAACAGAUCAUCAUAUCGUGUUUCGUAUUGUGAGAUCUUAAACUGUGUAACUGUUCACACCAAGGAAAUAGUUCCCCCAAGAGCUUUAGUUGGGCUGCUUCAAUUCUAAGGACAAUAAAUGAAGGACUGCGUUUGAGCUGUGUGAAUUAAAUAGUAGAGCACGGUAUGUAGAAGCUUGAAUCGAAAGGCAGGACGAUAAGAUGGGAACGUUUCAAUCAAGAGCCUUGCUGGACUAACAGGAGAAAACAGACAAAGUUUAAUACAGACUAGAAACACUAGGGUAGGAAGAGUGGGAGGUAAGGGUCUAGGGUAGGAAAGGUUGGAGGUAGCGGUCUUAGGUAGGAAGGAUGGGGGGUCUAGGGUAGGAAGAGUCGGAGAUAGGGGUCUAGGGUAGGAAGAGUGGGAGGUAGGGGUCUAGGGUAGGAAGAGUGGGAGGUAAGGGUCUAGGGUAAGAUGAGUGGGAGGUAGGGAUCUAGGGUAGGAGCAGUGGGAGGUAAGGGUCGAGGGUAGGAAGAGUGGGAGGUAGGGGUCUAGGGUAGGAUGAGUGGGAUGUAAGGGUCAAGGGUAAGAUAAGUGGGAGGUACGGAUCUAGGGUAGGAAGAGUGGGAAGUAGGGGACUAGGGUAAGAAGGGUCGGAGAUAAGGGUCUAGGGUAGGAAGAGUGGGAGGUGGGAAUCUAGGGUAGGAAGAGUGGAGGUAGGGUCAAGGGUAGGAAGAGUGGGAUGUAGGGGUCUAGGGUAGGAAGAGUGGAGGUAGGGUCAAGGGUAGGAAGAGUGGGAUGUAGGGGCCUAGGGUAGGAAAGGUGGGAUGUAGGGGCCUAGGGUAGGAAAGGUGGGAGGUAGGGGUCUAGGGUAGGAAGAGUGGGAGGUAGGGGUCUAGGGUAUGAAGAGUGGGUGCUGGCGAUCGGGGCCAAAAGGAUUUUUUUUUCAUUAUAAUCAGAGCGGCUUCAUUUUCGAUUUAAUGUUUUCUUUUUUUUUUUUUUUUUUCGUUUUUUCGAUUUUAGGAAAGGAGAGGGGUUUGGGACGGCACAAAUAUUACCCACCCCUGGUAAAAUAGUAUUUUAUUUAUAAUACUGUUCAGAGUAAAUUAUUACACAAGCUGUUCAUGGUAUAGACACAGCUUAUGGCAUUGGCUGGUCGGUGUAAACAUCUAACUCGAGCUAUGUCUUUACACAAGGACUAAAUAUCCUGGGAUGCAAAAAAUUGUACAUUAAAUUAACAUGUACAGAGAAGUUCAUUUACUUGGGCUCUUUAGAGUAAAUUAAAUUGCGAUGUUCACAAUGGUAUAUUACCUGCGUCUGUACAAGGGAUAUAUUAAAUAGGCCUGCUCAUAUUGAUACAUUACUUUGUGCUGUAUAGAGUGGUAUAUUACCUUGCGCUGUUCAGAGGGAUAUAUUAUUAUUACCUUUGGUUGGACAAAAUUACCCCAGUCUGUACAAAGUGAUAUAAUACCUUAAGGAUACGGGGUGAUAUAUUAAACCUGGGCUGUAAAGACUAAAGAGUGAUAUAAUACCUUGGGCUGUAAAGAGGGGUAUAUUACCUUGACUGUAAAGAGGGGUAUAAUACAUUGGGCUUAACAGAAUGAUAUUAAUACCUUGGGAGUAUGGAGCCAUAUAUUACCUUCGGCUGUAAAGAGUGAUAUGAUACCUUGGGCUGAAGAGAAGGAUAUAAUACCUUGGGGGUGGGGAGCUACAUAUUACUGAGUGAUACACCAGUUUCGGCUGUAGCGACUGGUAGUUUUACCUUGGCCUGUCCAGACUGAAAUAUUACCUUGUGUAGCACAAGACUACUAUAUUAGUCUUAGUUCUAAACUACAUAAGGGUAUCUAGCCACAUUAAUUGAGUGGGCACCAAAUUUGGUCAAAAACAACUGUUGUAAUAACCAGGAAAUCAGUCUGUCAUAUGUAUUAGUUAUAAAAAAAACUACGUUAUAAUACAAUAUCCCGGAUUACCGUAACGCCCCACUGCCUUUGGUUUGGGGGGGGGGGGAGUGGGGGGGGGGGGGGGGGGGGGGGGAGGGGGGUGGGGCGAGGAGGGGGGGGAAGGGCUACGGAUGGAGGAGGUAUUCAAUCAACACUGUGUACGCCACUUUGACAACUACGACCUCUUUUCACGCGUAUGUAAAUAAUAGAAAAAUUCCUUUCAUGCUGGUGUUUUUUCAGAUUUGAAAAAGUGUGAACUCUGACUUCUCACAGCUUUUCAAUAUCGAGAAGGUCCUUGAUUCAAUACAAAUGGGCCGACGAAAGAAAGUUGCAAGCAACAAGCGUCCUCAGACAUGCAGGCCAAAUACUGGAGCAGAUCCAGGACGGAGCAGGGCAGAGAGGGCAGCCGACAGAGGCAGAGGCGUGGCGUCGACGGACGAAGAUCUGCUCCCGAGAUGGACCUCUGCUUUUGUUGUGCUCGUGACGUGGUCGUUUCGUGUGUACUACGUCAUCAGUCCUUGGAGUUGGUGGGUCUUACAUCCAGACGAGAUCUUUCAAACUAUGGAAGGUUAGUGAAUUGUCAGAGAUACGGCAUAGGGUCAAUCCACGUUGCUAAAAAAAAGGGUAAAGGGUGGGGGGUGUGAGGGGGGAAGAAUUUGCUACGAUUUUUUUAGGGUGUCUGAAUUUUAUGACAAAGUUGUGACAAUGAGGGGAGGUGGGGUGAUCAAAAUCAGGUACUGUUACGGCAAGUAUGGACUGCUCCAACGUCAGAAUCAAGAAAACGUUGGACAUUGUCGGUAAAUUAAGCUUUUACUAAUUGUAAAGUUAAAAAGAAAUUGAAGCAAUACAAAUUAAAAAAAAAAAAAAAAAAAAAAAAAAAAAAAAUGAAAAAAAACAAAAUAAAAAAAAAAAAAAAAAAAAAAAAAGAAAUACAUUUUUUUAUUCACCUAUGAAUGUCCUAUCUAAUUUAAUUUCUUAAUCCUGUCCCUACCAAAUCUACUCUUAAUCCUGUCACUACCAAAUCUAUUCUUAACCCAGCACUACGAAAUCUACACCCAGCCUUGUCACUACACUUCAUCCAUCCAUAACCCUGUCACUACUGAACCCAUCCCUAAUCAUGUCACUACCAAAACUACCUCUAAACCUGUCAUUACCAAACUCACCUCUAGCCCUGUCACUACUAAUCCCAUCCAUAACCUUGUCGCUAAUAAACCCACCCCUAAUCCUGUCAAUAAUAAUCCCAUCCCUAAACCUGUCACUAAUAAUCCCAUCCCUAACCCUGUCACUAAUAAUCCCAUCCCUAACCCUGUCAGUAAUAAUCCCAUCCCUAACCCUUUCACUAAUAAUCCCAUCCCUAACCCUGACACUAAUAAUCCCAUCCCUAACCCUGACACUAAUAAUCCAAUCCCUAACCCUGUCACUAAUAAUCCCAUCCCUAAUCCUGUCACUAAUAAUCCCAUCCCUAACCCUGUCAAUAAUAAUCCAAUCCCUAAUCCUGUCACUAAUAAUCCCAUUCAUAGCCUUGUCAUAAAUAAUCCCAUCCCUAACCCUGACACUAAUAAUCCCAUCCCUAACCCUGUCACUAAUAAUCCCAUCCCUAACGCUGUCACUAAUAACCCCAUCCAUAACCCUGACACUAAUAAUCCCAUUGCUAACCCUGACACUAAUAAUCCCACCCCUAACCCUGUCACUAAUAAACCCAUCCCUAACGCGGACACUAAUAAUCCCAUUGCUAACCCUGACACUAAUAAUCCCAUCCCUAACCCUGUCACUAAUAAUCCCAUCCCUAACCCUGUCACUCAUAAUCCCAUCCCUAACCAUGUCACUAAUAAUCCCAUCCCUAACCCUGUCACUAAUAAUCCCAUCCCUAACCCUGUCACUAAUAAUCCCAUCCCUAACCCUGUCACUAAUAAACCCAUCCCUAACCCUGUCACUAAUAAUCCCAACCCUAACCCUGCCAAUAAUAAUCCCACCCCUAACCCGUUCAUUAAUAAACCCACUCUUAAACCUGUCGUUACCAAACCCACCCCUAACCCUGUCACUAUCCUUUCACGUUGACUCUCCAACCCACUUUUCCCGUAAGUAAUAAUAUCAAAUACAAAUAUAUUUAACCCGACACAGCAAAUCUAUUUCAAGAGAGAAGAAAGAAAUGUCAGCAACAUCACGUUGCCCCUUCAAGUCACGGUUCGCCGCGUCAUUUUGACCGGCUUGGUUGACUUUGUUAUGUCAUGGGGGAAGAACCUGGGAUUUUAAAAAUAUAAAUAUAGCUAGAUCAUAGUCUAUAUUUUGUAGUUCUUUUAAUUUGCCGCCAAUCUGUUUUGAAUAAAUAUGAUAGGGUUUUUUUUUUUUACUUUUUAAAAUUUUUUGACGACAGCAAUUAUUUCAUUGUGAAAUUUGCACAAUGAUCUUGAGGCUGCUUAAAAAUAAUAAUUGAAUUUUGUAUUCGUCUCUUCAACUGUGUAUUGGAUCAACCGAUUUUUUGUGGUGUGUUUUUGGGGGGGGGGGGGGGGGGGCGCUGGGGCUGGUAAGAUUUAUUAAACUUUAUGUUUUAGAAUAAGUCUGCUGUGAUGGCAAACUAUUGAAAAGCUUGAAUCUUAAUAGACAUCACUUCUAUGGGGGGGGGGGGGGGAGGGGGUGGCUGGGGCUGGUAAGAUUUAUUAAACUUUAUGUUUUAGAAUAAGUCUGCUGUGAUGGCAAACUAUUGAAAAGCUUGAAUCUUAAUAGACAUCACUUCUAACGCUGUCCAAUGAUUUCGAUUGAAGUAUAAUGGUGCCAAACGAUGCCAUGCCUAAUGAUGUCUAAAGGUGUGUCUUGAUGUCUCAUGGUGUCUAGUAGUUGCCUGUGGUGUCUAGUGAUGUCUGAGGGCUACAGGAGUAGAAUGCUACCGAAUUUUGUCUCACGGUAUCUCAUGAUGUCUAACAAUUUGUUAAGAAGUCUAGUGAUGGCUGAUGUCUCAAAGUGUAUAAUGCUACCCUAAUUUUGUUUAAUGGUGUCUCAAGAUGUAAUAAUAGUUGCUAAUGGUGUCUAGUGAUGUCUGAUGUCUUAAGGUGUACAGUGCUAUCGACUUUCUAAUGGUGUCUCGUUUCAAGCACACGCAGGCACGCACCGCUGCCCACGACACGCCUGGCUGCGCGCAGUAGACGAACCGCAUAAUAAAUUUCAAGUCGUAUCCCAAAAAAUGUCAACGUUGUGUUUUCAAUCCUCCUAGAACCAUAACGCGAUUUUAUGGCUGAAUAAGCGGCCCCAGGUCGUCGAACGUCUUAGUGAUCAACGAUUAUUGGUCUAUUCAAAAGCGGCCGUCCUCGGCUGACAGAGUGUCUAUAACAUUGUGUCUAUGGCAGAUCGCCUUGGCCAGUUUCACUGUCGAAGUCAAUGGGUUCACGGGGUUAGCAAACAGUGGCUUCGGUGAACAGAUCGCCAAUGAUUGAUUGUUGCUGAUUAUGUUAUAGAUUUGUGUGGGAAGAGAGCUACUGAUUCAGCCGCACUUUCUUUGUUUAUGGGCGAUCUGACAUAAGAUUAUGUAUUGUUCCCCAUGAAGGCACGGCAAUAGCAGAUUUCCUGUAAACGGGGCUCUUAACACACAUCUCAGCACACGUGUGGCCGUCACACAUAUCAACACACGAGUGGCCGUCACACAUCUCAACACACGAGUGGCCGUCACACAUCUCAACACACGAGUGGCCGUCACACAUCUCAACACACGAGUGGCAUUCACAAAUCUCAGCACACGUGUGGCCUUCACACAGCUCAACACAUGAGCACUCACUAAUGAUUGACUUUUAGACUGGAGGAUGUGGUUCAUAUGGUCUACUAGCUGCAAAGAACACAGGGGUUCUUAAAGGUGAAUCUUGCAAAAUGGAUGGAACGUUGCACCACUAAGUAAUGGCAAGACCUUUGAAGAUGAAUUUAAAAUGUUGAAAAAUGUAAUUAAAUUAUGCACUUUGCCGUGACUCCCCAAGUUAGGAACAGCACGUACAGCAGCGGUUCUUAACCUGUGGGUCACGACUCCUUUGGGGGUCGAACGACCCUUACAGAGGGGUCGCCUAAGAACAUUUAAUUUGAAAACGCAUAUUUAUAAAGUAGCAACGAAAAUAAUUUUAUGGUUGGGGGGUCAGCAAACCAUGAGGAACUUUAUGAAAAGGUUACGGGAUUAGGAAAGUUGAGGACCACCACCGUAUCAAAUGUCACCCAUAUUUUAAUGAAUAGCUAUUCACACCAACAACAGUCGAUUCAUAAUUGUGUUCAUAUCAAUAUCAACCGUUCCCUCUUUAUGAAUAGCCGUACGUAAUUUUUAUCAUUAUCCUAGUCCACAGUUAAUCACACAAAAACUAUAUCACUAUCCAUAUCCACAUUUUUUAUUCCAUCUUCCACAGUUGCCCACACAGAGCUCUACGGCUAUGGUGUCAGACCGUACGAAUUUCUCGGACCUCCCAAGGGAGACAACAUGUCGCUGUUGGAGCUGAAGGAGAAAGAACUGGGCAUGUGGGCAAUGCGAUCUCCGCUCGUGCCUCAGUUCUUCAUGCUGACCUCGACCUUGGUGGCUGCCCUUGGAUUCGAACCCAAUCCCUUUCUGGUGAGUUCGUUUGUAAAAAUUACUCCACGUCGUGAAGUUGAUAGAUGUUGAAGAGUUGCUUGCUUGCCCGGGAAUUUUUAAUCCAUAUGGGAGCGGUUGUGCCUUUGAUUUAACUUGCUUAAGUUUGUUGUGCGUUAAAUAUAUACAUACAUAUAUUAUAUGUGUGUGUAUAUGUGUGUUUGAGUAUACACCAAUCAUUUGUUAAUAAAAUAAUGUGGGCACCAAAUUAUAUUUUAAAAAACUAAUUAGUUGAUGCAAAUAUAUAUAUAAGUUUCUAGCAAUUACGUCAUUGGUACAGACUGUGGAUAUAUUGUUAUAGUGUGGUGGAUGGAUUGUUUUGGUGGAUAAAGAGAUAAAGGGAAGGAUUCGUUCUUAUCAAUAAUUGAUUAAUUUUAUUUCUAAAUUCUUUCUUUUUAAAUGAAUUGUCUGGGCCAAAACACAUGACGUCAUCUGUAUAAGCUUUAUUUCAUGUUUUUGUUUUUAUUGUUAAAUCUUUAACCGAAUUCAUAAAUGUACCCGAAUAUUUGUAUGACAAAUAAUAUACAUGGAACAUUUCUUUCAGCUUUGGAGAGUAGCGCAUGUAUCCGUGACGUCAUGGCUUCCAUUUGCCAUCUGCACAUACGUCACGUCCGUCACCAGGUCACGUGACGCCGGUAGCGUGGCGGCCAUCUUGAUCGCAAUUUCGUCCCACCUAACCGUGUUUGGCACUCACACGCUGGUCAACAGUUUAGUGUCGCCAUUCCUGUUCCUGUCCCUUUCCCACGUGACCCAGCUGUUACAGGGAGAAAAGGAAACCAUUUGUGAGAAGCCAGAGAGGUCUUCUCUGCACGUUGAUGUGACCAUGACGCGAUCAGAUCCUGUGGUGAACAAAGCCAAGUGGAACCUUGAUGAGAACAUAGCACCGAACCAGUACGCCAGAAGUGAGAGUCACACAAGUAAACUGAGUGACCCCGGAUACUGUACUGGAAUGGAUGAGAACAGUAUUAGCGAUAACGACAGCAAUAGAGGCAAUGAAGACCUUAACGGUAAUAACACCAAAGAUUUAAAAGAUGAUGACCUGAUGCAACGUCUUCCAGAAACAUAUUACACAAAUGGACUUAAAGAUGACCACACGGAUGAUAUUCCUCCGUGCCACAGCGAAUCUCACGUGAUCCACAAACUCUCACGAGCCUUGACUUCCGUCUUAGCUGGCCUCUUUCUGGCUUUGACCGUGUACGUACGACCUGAUGCGUCACUGUUGGUUUCGCUGAUGAUCCUGACCCAUCUUAAAUUUCCGACGGUGCUAACUCUUGUGCUGAAGAAACCAUUUUGGUUUCACGUUCUGGGCGCCAUAAUGGGGGUCGCCAUCGCAGUAGCAGACGACUUCUAUUUUUUUGGGUGUUUCGUCCUCAGUCCCAUAAAUUGGGUUAAGUUUAAUCUAUUUUCUGGACAAACUAGUCAACUGUUCGGCUCCUCGGGGAAAUAUUUCUACUUUGAGCAGAUCUUCCUUAAGGACUUUGGAUUAUCAGUUUUGACUGUCAUAUUCACAUCUGCUAUGAUAAUACUUGCAUUAUCAGAUGUGCUCGGACUCUUCAACAAAUUAACAGGAUUUUCAACAACUCCGAACUCCUUAUCCAUGCCUGUGUCAAGGUUAACCGAAUGCCGAGGUAUGAGAGGUCAAAUGACAUCGGUCAUUUUUCUCACCGGCAUUUAUUCGACAGUCGGACACAAGGAAAGCCGAUUUUUACACGACGUGAUUGUGUUGUAUUUAGGAGUCCUAGCCAUAAUUAUCACGGCUGUCAUUCGUACCGUCUCGUGUUCGCGUCAUAAAAAACGUUUUCUUUUAUUGGCUUUCGGAUCGUUUCUCUUAGCCAAUCAGUGGGCGAGUUUGCACGAAUUUGAAAAGAGCCAUCCAAUCACAGGAUCGCAUUCGUCCCCUGACGAUGGACUCCACAUCAACCAGUGUCUGUACUAUGUCUCCUCGCAGAAUGACGUCAGGGGCCUGUAUAUGGAGAACAGCCUCCUAGACCACGGAAGCUUCACCUUACUUCACAAGAAUGUCCCCGUGUUAUUCCUACACGACCGAAAGUUCAUCGAAUUCGAUCGGAGGUCGCUGAUAUCGAGCUCGCGAUACUGCUGGGUGGGCACUAACUGCACUUCCGAAUACUACGCCAUGUCCAGCGUGUCCGACCUCAUAGACGAAAGUAAUCAUCAAUUCAUACUCAAACGUAUAAUCGAAUCCAAACACUUCAACUAUGCAAUCAUACAAUCGGACAAGGGAUUUUUCCAACCUCUGUUCACUAAAGUACUCUCCACCAAAACGUUUUCAGUUUGGAAAAGAAACUACGACCCAGCUGAAGAAGAGAAAAUGUCAAAAUUAAGUUCGCAGAUACCUUACGGGGGUACAAAUACGACCUUGGUGGAGUAUGAAGGAGAGGUUCUCAAACUACACGGGAGUUACAACGCCGCGGUCCAAAGGUUCCAGGCGGCAUUGAGCCGAGAGCGUGUGCAUGCGUCUGUCUACGCAUCAAUGGCGUUCUGCCUGCACAGGAUGGGGCAAGUGGCGGCGUGGAGGAAGGUGCUGAGGUUGUGCAAACAAAAGUAUUCUGAGGAGGAGUGCAUGGAUGGGGCGCGGGUGAGGGUGAUAAAUGGGAUAUUGUGAGGGUGAUAAAUGGGAUAUUGUGAGGGUGAUAAAUGGUUAUAUUGUGUGGGUGAUAAAUGGGAUAUUGUGAGGGUGAUAAAUGGGAUAUUGUGAGGGUGAUAAAUGGGAUAUUGUGAGGGUGAUAAAUGGGAUUUUGUGAGGGUGAUAAAUGGUUAUAUUGUGUGGGUGAUAAAUGGGAUAUUGUGAGGGUGAUAAAUGGGAUAUUGUGAGGGUGAUAAAUGGUUAUAUUGUGAGGAUGAUAAAUGGGAUAUCCUGAGGGUGAUAAAUGGUUAUAGUGUGAGGGUAACAAAUGGGACUGUGAGUUUGAUCAAUGGUAUCCUUAUAGGGUGAUAACUGGUAAUUUAUGAGGGUUUUAAAUGGCAUAUUGUGAGAUAAAUAAAUUGUACAUUUUGUGAGGUAAGAAAUAGUAUAUUGUUAAGGUAAUACAUGGAUUAAUGUGAGGGAGAUUAAUGGGAAAUUCCCAUUUAUUAAAUGGGAUUUUUAAGGUUAUAAAUGGUAUACUCUAUGUAUCUGAUUGGAUGGAACGCUAGAAAGGAAACCAACGUUGACUUUGGACAAAGCUGAUAUAGACGAGUUUUAAAUGGCUGCAGCUGCAAGCGAUUCUGCCAGUGUUCAAGCUCCCUGUAUUGAGCUAAAUAUCAGCUAUUUGUGCUAUGUUACUGGUUAUUUCUCUGCAUUGAUCGCUGUGCCAAUGUUCAUCAAUUAAUCUAAUUCUUUAGGUAUGAAAGCAAUUAUGGAGUUCAGUUCGAUAGAGUGCAAAAAAAAAAACAACAACAAAAAAAAAAGCAAAAAAUUCCCGAUAACUGCGAUAAAUGAGAUUCUGAAAAAUACCGCCAGUGAGUUCGGAGCGUAAUAUAUAUUCUUUUGUGUUACGGAAAUAUUCUCAUUUGAAUUAUGAUUUAAUAACUCGUUGGCGUAAAAGUAGUUUGGACAUUCGAGUAUUUAUAUAGUUCAAGGGCGUGACGAAAAAGUGUGCGAGG